CUAAAGUCUGAAUUUUGACUCACCUUGCUCGUGGAACGUUUCAAUUUACGCGAAACCAUUCGAACGAUCAGUGAUUUUCUUAAUUGCACCACUGUCCGUGUCUUCAACCUAACAGUCACGUAGACCUUCCACCGCGUAACUAUUCGACUGAAGGACCAACGACACAUUGAUGGACCACUCGGCCCAUUGAAGUUUCCAGACCCUUUUGGGGUUAGGUUGAGGUUAGGUUGAGGUUAGGUCUAUGCUGUCGGCACUUAGACUUUCUCGCAACAUUGUUUAUGGUUCAGCAGAUAUUCCUUAGGCAAUCUGUCCACGAUACUACAUCAAAUUAGGUGUUACUUUCACUACUAAGAAGUUAAUCUUUAGAAUCUGAUCUGUAUUCGCUUGCAAUUCAGCAAUUGAUCGUCGACCGUUAAGGAUUCAAGAGGAUUUGUCUCUGUUUCUGAGGAUGAUAUAGGAUUUCACCUCGUCUUCUAAUAUUUACACCAUUUUCCCUCGUGCAAUCAGUCUUCCACCGCUUGACACCUAUUUACAGUAUCUUGCUACACAAUCAGCCUGCAACAGUGCUUAUCGCUUGCUAUUCAGAUUAUUCAACCGUACGCUCCCCGUUCAUAUUCUCAUACAGCUUCUGAGGCAGUCGUGGAUGGCAGAAAAAUCAAACGGUCACGAUAUUACACGCGAUUCCCAACAAUUCGUCAACUGCAGUGUGGAAAAGAAUUUUAUUGGAAAACAAGCGAUAACGUAGCGUGGAAGAAACGAUGCGUGGUGGCAAGAUGCUCGGAAGUGGGACGAAAUCGUAACGUUGAUAAGGUAUUGGAUGCGUAAAUAAGGUUGAAAGUCAGAUUUUCGCGAGAAGCGUGUCCCUUCUCGUCAGAUAAUCGUGUCAGAGGUCGUGGCCCCUAUCUAAUCGAGGCUCUGCAAACGUUAUGCACCGAACAACGUAUACGAGAGCUGAGAACGGAUGGUCAGUCACGAUCCGAUCGUUAAUAACUUAACCUGGUGCGUGAAAACUCGAUCUGAAAAUGCUGAAAUCGUAUCUGUCCGUUCUAUCGAUCGUUUUACUAUUUUCCACGAUCGUUCGAUCGCAGGAACAACAAACCUGCAGGCAGAUAAAAGGGUACAAGGUGUGCGACAAAAAGGGAACCCUGGUGGACGUCAGCCAACAAGAAUUCGAGGAAACGUUAGAGAUUCACGACUUGAACCUGCUGGCUAUUCGAGAAAACACCUUCAAGAAUCUAACGACCACGAAGCUGAGCUUCGGUCUGGGUAACAAAAUCUCCGCGGUGAAAAAGAAGUCGUUCAAAGGAUUGGAGAAACUGGAACGGCUGGACCUAGACAGCAACGUUAUAUCUCUGUCACCGAAUCUGUUCUCAGAACUGAAGCAAUUGCAUUCGCUAUCUCUGAUCUUCAAUAAGAUCAGCGAGAUACCCAAAGACACUUUCGCUGAUCUGUCCAACUUGAUGUGGCUGUACUUGGGACACAACGACAUCGAAUCGGUGAACAAGGACUCGUUCUCAGGAUUAUCUUCGUCGCUGACGUUCCUCUGGUUAAACGACAAUAAAAUCACCAGCAUAGAGACUGGAGCGUUCAGUCAGAUGCCAGAAUUGACCCGUCUUCACUUGGAGAACAAUAAACUAACCUCAAUUCAGCCAGGGGUGCUGCGAGGAUUGCACAAGUUGGACGGUCUCUUUCUCGAAGAGAAUGAAUUGACCAGCGUGUCCAAGAACGAUUUCAAAGGACUGAUUGGUUUAAGGAUUUUGAACCUGCAUCACAAUCAGAUAGCAAGUAUCGAGUCAGGAGCAUUCUCAGAUCUCAGUCAGUUGGAACAAUUGGACCUGAGGAAGAACCAACUGACCCGAGUUGACUCCGGAGUGUUCAAUGGACUGUCCAACUUGAAAAGGUUGGAUCUCUCUGAUAACAAGAUCGCUGUAGUGCAAUCUGGUGCGUUUGCAGGCCUUUCAGCGCUGAAAACCUUAAUCUUGGCGAACAAUAAAUUAACUGACGUAGAUAGAAAGGACUUUGGACUGACCAGUUUGACUAUUCUGUAUACGUAAGGCGAGGCUAUUCUCUGCUAUACGGAGUGUUGUACACAGUUUGCAGAAUGUAGAGAUCGGUGUAAUAAAGGAGUGUGACGUUGUACAUGUUAAAUCAAUGACCAACUUGUCUUUGUCCUGGCUCUAUUUCUUCAAUUAUUAUGUUAUAGUAAAAUGCCAAUACGUAUAUUGCAUUGAUCUUUCCAUAGAGUUUUAGGCCUCAAAACUUCUCAGUCGGCUGAAAGAAAAAUUCAAGUCUACACUGAUUUAGCUUGCAAUUAAAUUAUGUUUGUAAAACCUAACCUAAUGAGGGAUUCUGGAACUAUUAGGUUGGAAACUAAGUGAUUGCGGAUUUUGUCAUUACCACCUAAUGACAAAAUCCGCAAUCACUUAGUUGCCAAGCAAUAAUAGGCAACAUUUUCUCACUGCCAGAAAAAAAUUAAACUAAACUUAAUUCAGGAUGUUGUUUGCAGAAUUAUUUUCAAUUCUUACAAUUAUUUCAAAUUCAAUGGUGUAUUUUUAAAACCUAUCAAAUCACGUAUUCGUAGUAUUCUGAUCUAGUAGCAACAUGAUCUGAACAAAGUUAAAAGCGAUUGCAGAUUUUUUUCAGUUAUCUAAUCCAGAUUCAUUUCAGUUCAAAGAAAUCUUAUUUUUAUUUACUCGGUUUUUAAGGGGAAUUCGUGUUAUGUGAUGUCAGAUGUACGCGAUUCUCGUUAAUCUCGCUGGCCGACAUUAGAUAAGUGGAAACUUCUGUCGGUCGUUGUUCUUUCUGGCGUUAUCAGCGUGCAACAAGAGAGUGCGGCACGCGCGAGUCAAGUGUUGCGUUUUAAACGCGCACGCUGUUCAACGUGAAGUGAGCGCGAGAAAUAGCGUCGCCAUUUUGUUAGCCGAAAUGCAUGCCACACUUUUCAAACAACUUCCAUUUCCUGCAAAUUUCGAAAUUUCUUCCGUAUUCCAAAAAUAAUGAAUUUUUUUUUUAAUUAUUUUUGUUAAUGCUUAGAAUCAUAGAAAAAUACGAAAUUACAAACUGGAAGGCGAUUGCUGUUCGUUACACUAAAAUCUAAAGAUCCGAGCUUUGUGUUACGUGCAUUGCAGAUUAAGAAAAAAUUGUACUCUUGUUAGGAAAAGCAAGAGAUAAUGAGAUGGGUGGAAGCUUUCGAGAAAAAUAUUGGAAUCAGAAUAGCGAAGUAGCUGUGGAAGCGCUCCCUUGUAGGAAUUCCAAAUCGAAGCUGGGAAAGUAGGUGGAAAUGGAAAAGGCUGUCGAAAAGAGUUAAUGGCUGGACGAGAACGACUUUCUACCAAAUUGAUCCAACUUCGUAUUCUCAGCCUUCAUCCACUUUUCCUUGAAUAUUUUAGUACGUAAAACAUUCGUGCAGCAUUUGAAGACGUAGGAUUUACAUCUUCUGAUAUUGGAUUGGCAACUAAGUGAUUGCGGAUUUUGUCAUUAGGUGGCGUUAGGUUGAGGUUAGGUUGGAGUUAAGUUGACAAAAUCCACAAUCACUUAGUUGCCAACCCCAUAGAAUGCACAUGUUUAAAAAAAUACAGUAUCGGUAGUUAAGGGAAUAGAAUAAUUCUACAGAAAAAUAUUUGCAAUCCUCCAUAGAGAAAAAAGUGGAAGAUAGGUUUAUUUGGAAAGAGAAGUAGUUUGGAAAAUGUUGAACUAGAAGCAAUGCUGCAAAUAAAAGCUUGUAUAAAGGUAUUAAAAUGUAAGUGUGUAUGGGAAACACUAAAAUUGGCUAGAACUUGAAUUGGAUAAAGAUAUUUAAAGAAACAAAAGGAAAAAUACGUGAGAAUAUUGAAAUGUUGGGUUGGCAAUACCACCUAGUGACAAAAUCCGCAAUCACUUAGCUGCAAUAGAAAGAAACAAUCGAGAUACGUAACAGGGGAAUUUUCAAAUGAUACCAACGUCAAUCUGGAUCUUCUCUGCUUUACGUGAUGCGUAAAAAAAUUUUGGCGAGUGCUUAUCGUAAAAAUCUGGAAGAAAGUUCGCUUCAGUAGCUACCUUCGUAUCAAGGACAGGCAAUUUGUCAAGAUUGCGACCUUCGCACAUAAACUCUGAUCGAUCUUGGCGCAAUGGAAUCAAUCAUUUAGCAGGCUAAACUCGUAGUACGUACGCGUCGAAGGUUGACAUUUCACUGAACGUUUCUUGGACGAUAGACACAUGAUUCUUUAGAAAUUGUUGAGAUAUGUAUAAUUUUCUGUGCUGGACUGGGUUAAAUGCGUAGUAGAGAUACUUGUAUGUGAAUAUCAGUGUGUGGAAGUAUGUGUGUGCGCAGCGUCUCGAAAACAAAGGAAUGUAAACUGUUCAGUCGGUUAACUGGAAGAAAGUGCUGAGACACGUGCAAAUGUGUAUCGAUGAAUAUAUAAGGAAUCGUCCAUGAAAUAAAUAUAUCAUUAUUUUAAUAUUAAUCCUCAGUAUAAAUUUAGUGUUCCUAUAACAUUAUUUCGGCUUCAAAGAUCCACAAUUUUCAACAGAAAUAAUACACAUACCGGAAAUUUAUAAAGCGUCAGAACAAUGAACAAUGAAGCAUUGUUUGUAGAUUCUAAAAGCAAAAUUCCUUAAAUUAAACAACAAUGAUUAACGAAAUCAUCUCAAUAUCCUAACUCUGCUUGCUAAUUCAAUAUUCAAUCCUUUGUUCAAUCAUUCCUAAGAUUACCCAAAUAAUGCAAAUAAUCUCAACUAUGCAGAAAGGUUACAUUAGAAACUAUCUACUAGUCAAAACGACUAAUUUAAAUUCAUAAAGUCUUACAGAAAUUUUGUAGAAAUUGUUCAGAUGUGGUUAGAGGCUUGCUUUCUCCAUUGCUUCCAUUCUGAUUUUUUUCAUACAUAUUUCACUUCCAAUUGUGUUACAUUAAUUUUGAUAUUAAUUCUUCUCGUCGUUAUUUGAAAAGUUUUCUCUAGAAAUAAAUACACAUACGUACAAUACGUACAUACAUACGUGUACUACAUACAUUUUCCACUCAACUGGUUGAAUUAUUAUAAAAUUUUGAUUUGUUUUGUAAAGGUUCUUUAGGAUCCUGUUAGAAACGAUCGAAACGUAGCUAAUUUUAGGUUAGGUAGAUUUACUUAUCGUCUUAUCUUUCUCAGAAAGUUGCUCGAUUACGAUUGAGAAAUCCAUUCGUAUCAGCACAAAAGUUCGUAUGAGCCGCGUUUGUACUUGUCAACUGCUCGAACGACAUGUCAUCUUUAGCACGAGACGCGAUAUUCAUCACAAGGACUCGCGUUAGAAUCGUAGCGGUUAGCAGCGGCCAUUGAAUCGAUACAAAUGGCGCCGGUAAAAGUGCGGUUUUUGAGUGGUGGCGUGACAUUACACUCGUGUGUAUCGUUUCAAGAAACAGAUACUUGUGCGAGUCCCGUCUCUAUCUGGGUAUAUGGUAUACCUAGAACGACAGGAGGAGCGGCAGAGACACCUCGGGUUUGAUUUACAACGGCCAUUCAGUGACGGCAAAAACGCACUCACGAUGCAUCUGAGAACAGCUAUGGAACGUGACAGGAACACCGAGCAUGGUCGUGCGUUAGACCGUUUGAAAAGCGUGAAAUUAUUAGCUUGCUGCAUACGAGAUGUCAUUUCUACGACGCUUGAAUUUAGCGGGCCGAUACUAUGAAUUCAGUUUUGUCUUAUCUUCGAUCAUUAUCGCUAGAAUGUUGAUAAACACUUAGAUUUUGAUAACUACGUUUUUUAAUACGUCGUUUAAUAUCUGUUGAAGCUAUACAGGCUGUGAAUGCCGUGUAAAAUGUGAUUUACAUUUUGUGACAUAAAAAUGGCGAUAGAGUCUUAUAUUUAACGACGCUACUUAAGAAACUCUCUUUCAUAUUAUUCCUCUGCUUGUCGAGAUGAAUGUUGGAUAAAAAGGGAGUUUCACACAGGAAAUAAAAAUCACCCUUUUUUCUUUUGUUCCAAGUCUCCUUCGUUCUGUAAUUUGCAGCUGUUCUAUUCUACUUGCCCCAUGAAGAAUAUUAUCGUGGAUAUGUAGUUCAUCUUGAACCAUUCAUCGUUUUCCUGUUUCAUUUUUUUCCUUACGCUUAUCGUUUACGAGAAAAACGCUGGGAAGAAAUAGCAUAAAUGCCCUACACAUAGAAUUCGAAUGGCUUCUAACAAAAAUUUCCAAGAAACCAAAAUUUCCAUCGAUAUCUCGAAAAUGUACACAAAGACGUAAUUUUAACAAUUUUUACGUACUCCAUAAGCAUCUCAGGUGCUGUAAAAAAAUUUGCAAUUAUCGAGCUCCAGUACUAUUUUCAGAUAAGUACGUACUUUCUCCAGCGUGGGAAAUUAGUGAAAAACUCGACGACCUUGUAACCGGUUCAUCUCGCUUGUCCUAACCCUGAUUUAAUCAAGCUUACACCGCCAUUACAAUAUUAAGUAGAUUGGAUCGCUUGCAAUGAUAUCAUAAUGAUAACGCACGGUCCUUUCACUUUGACACUCUCUCGUACGACAAUUGCUUCAUCCGCUCGUAUUGGCUAGCCGAGUUAAACAGUUGCCUCGACCAGACGCAAUGGCGUUAUUUUAAUCUCUAUACUUUUUUAAAAAUCCUGGUCAUUCCAUUUUUUCUUAUUCCCGUAAUUAGUUGCUGUCGUUGGUAGAAGAUCAUAUGUAUCUUGUUUCUAUCUUUGUCAUAUUCUUUAAUUGAUACGUAUGAAUUUGUUGAUAUUAGACCUUGGUCUUAAAUCAAAUGGCCGAUUUUCGCUAACGAACGAAAUGAUUGCAAUUUAAUUCCAAGAAGCGGAUAAAAAUAAAGUAAAAAAUACUACAAUAUAUUCUACACCAAUAAUCUUAAAUCUUGGCAUAUCUUAGGACAUUAAUAAAAAAAAAAACAAAAAAAUAACAAUAA